AUGCUUAUUGUUAUCAAGCAAUCAGAAGUUACUGACAAAAAUUCAGAAUUUAAGGAAAUAGUUUUGAGAAAAGUUGGUUGUCGCAAGUGCCGUCGUAGAUCAUAUCUGUUUGCUUGCAGAAGUGUAAAAAGUUGCGUUCAUAAAAGCAGAGUUUGUGACAAAGUGAACAAUUGUGCAGAUGGAUCUGAUGAAGUUGGAUGUCCAACUCCACUUGGAAACAAAUGUGGACCAAACUCUUAUCGUUGCCGAAAUGACAAGUGCAUUCACUGGAGAUUUGCAUGCAAUGGUUAUAAUAACUGUGGAGAUUGGUCUGAUGAAAAAGGUUAUUUCUGUAGAAGGUAUGGACUUCUAAGACGUCGUCGUGGAAGAUUAGGUAAAAAACGAGACGAAAUUCCCAAUGAUGAUGUGAGCAAUGAUGAAGUGAGCAAUGGUGGGGAUGGUGAAACAGGAACUACUUCCGGCUGA